CGACGUAGGACCCACGAACGGCGGUUCUCCGUUGGCUUUCCGGCUGUUUUGUAUUAAUGAAAGUUUAUCAACCUGAAAUCAGAAUCAUCUCAAUUAUCACGCCGUAUUAAGCCGGGCUAAGCACACCGUUUGCUGCCCUUUAAAGACAUUGUAGGGAAGCCACAGAAAGAGCCAUGUUUCUCUACAACAUCACACUACAGCGAGCCACUGGCAUCACCCAUGCCAUCCAUGGAAACUUCUCAGGAACCAAGAUGCAGGAGAUUGUUGUUUCCAGGGGAAAGAUCUUGGAACUUCUGCGUCCAGAUGCCAACACAGGAAAGGUGCACACUCUGCUCACAGUAGAAGUGUUUGGCAUCGUAAGGUCUCUGAUGGCGUUCAGGCUCACCGGUGGAACCAAAGAUUACAUAGUUGUAGGAAGUGACAGUGGUCGCAUUGUCAUCCUGGAAUAUCAUCCAUCAAAGAACAUGUUUGAGAAGAUCCACCAGGAAACAUUUGGAAAGAGCGGUUGUCGGCGCAUCGUUCCCGGACAGUUCCUGGCUGUCGAUCCAAAAGGCAGAGCUGUUAUGAUAGGAGCGAUCGAGAAACAGAAGCUGGUUUACAUUCUGAACAGAGACGCAGCAGCGAGACUGACCAUCUCCUCCCCACUGGAGGCCCAUAAAGCAAACACACUGGUUUACCACGUGGUCGGAGUCGACGUUGGCUUUGAGAAUCCCAUGUUCGCCUGCUUAGAAAUGGACUAUGAGGAAGCUGACAAUGACCCAACAGGAGAAGCUGCCGCCAACACACAACAGACUCUCACCUUCUACGAGCUGGAUCUUGGCCUAAAUCACGUGGUCCGCAAAUACAGUGAGGCUUUGGAAGAGCAUGGGAAUUUCCUCAUCACAGUUCCGGGUGGCUCAGACGGGCCCAGUGGUGUCCUGAUCUGCUCCGAAAACUACAUCACCUACAAGAACUUUGGAGACCAGCCAGACAUUCGCUGUCCCAUCCCGCGACGCAGGAAUGACCUAGAUGACCCGGAGCGGGGCAUGAUAUUUGUCUGCUCAGCCACACACAAGACCAAGACCAUGUUCUUUUUCCUGGCUCAGACUGAGCAGGGAGAUAUCUUCAAGGUUACCCUAGAAACAGAUGAAGAAAUGGUCACAGAAAUCAGGAUGAAGUACUUUGACACGAUCCCCGUAGCAACAGCCAUGUGUGUUCUGAAGACUGGCUUCCUGUUUGUGUCUUCAGAGUUUGGAAACCACUACCUUUACCAGAUCGCUCACCUGGGUGACGACGAUGAGGAGCCUGAGUUCUCAUCUGCGAUGCCACUGGAGGAAGGAGACACCUUCUUCUUCCAGCCCCGCCCACUCAAAAAUUUAGUGCUGGUGGAUGAACAGGAGAACUUAUCCCCCAUCAUGUCCUGUCAGAUUGCUGAUCUGGCCAACGAGGACACACCUCAGCUGUACGUGGCCUGUGGUCGAGGACCCAGGUCUACACUAAGGGUCCUUCGUCAUGGACUGGAGGUUUCAGAGAUGGCUGUGUCCGAGCUGCCCGGUAACCCCAACGCUGUGUGGACAGUACGCAGACACGUGGAAGACGAGUUUGAUGCCUAUAUCAUUGUGUCUUUCGUCAACGCCACUCUGGUCCUGUCCAUCGGCGAGACUGUAGAAGAAGUGACGGAUUCCGGGUUCCUGGGAACAACACCCACUCUUUCCUGCUCGUUGCUGGGGGAAGACGCCUUGGUGCAGGUUUACCCAGACGGCAUCCGUCACAUCCGUGCAGACAAGCGUGUUAACGAGUGGAAGACUCCGGGUAAAAAGACCAUCGUCCGCUGUGCUGUGAACCAGCGGCAGGUGGUCAUCGCCCUCACUGGAGGGGAGCUGGUCUACUUUGAAAUGGACCCGUCUGGCCAGCUGAACGAGUACACGGAACGCAAGGAGAUGUCUGCAGAUGUGGUUUGCAUGAGCCUGGCCAACGUCCCUCCCGGCGAGCAACGCUCCCGAUUCCUGGCUGUUGGACUGGUCGAUAACACUGUCCGAAUCAUCUCCCUGGAUCCAUCGGACUGCCUGCAGCCCCUGAGUAUGCAGGCUCUACCAGCCCAACCAGAGAGUUUGUGUAUCGUAGAGAUGGGAGGGGUCGAGAAGCAAGACGAACUCGGAGAAAAGGGAACCAUCGGUUUCCUCUACCUCAACAUCGGGCUUCAGAACGGUGUGCUGUUGAGGACCGUUUUGGACCCAGUAACCGGCGACCUGUCGGAUACAAGAACACGUUACCUCGGAUCACGGCCUGUCAAACUCUUCAGAGUCAGGAUGCAGGGCCAAGAAGCAGUUCUGGCGAUGUCCAGUCGCUCUUGGUUGAGCUACUCGUAUCAGUCUCGCUUCCACCUGACUCCUCUAUCAUAUGAGACUCUGGAAUAUGCUUCUGGCUUUGCCUCUGAGCAGUGCCCAGAGGGUAUAGUAGCCAUUUCCACCAACACACUGAGAAUCUUGGCUUUGGAGAAGUUGGGCGCCGUCUUCAACCAGGUGGCCUUUCCCCUGCAGUGCACUCCCAGGAAAUUUGUAAUUCACCCCGAGACCAAUAACCUAAUUUUGAUCGAGACAGACCACAAUGCUUACACGGAGGCGACGAAAGCUCAGCGAAAGCAACAGAUGGCUGAGGAGAUGGUGGAGGCUGCCGGUGAGGAUGAAAGAGAACUGGCUGCUGAAAUGGCCGCCGCCUUCCUCAACGAGAAUCUCCCAGAAGCCAUCUUUGGCUCCCCAAAAGCUGGAGCCGGACAGUGGGCCUCAAUCGUGCGACUGGUCAACCCCAUUCAGGGUUCAACUCUGGACCAGGUGCAGCUGGAGCAGAAUGAAGCUGCGUUCAGUGUUGCCGUGUGUCGAUUUCCAAACACAGGAGAUGAUUGGUAUGUUCUGGUCGGCGUUGCCAGAGACAUGAUUCUCAACCCCAGAUCAGUUUCCGGUGGCUUUAUCUACACCUACAGGCUCACCAGUGGUGGAGAGAAGCUGGAGUUUGUGCACAAGACCCCAGUGGAAGACGUGCCUCUGGCCAUUGCUCCAUUUCAGGGACGAGUCCUGGUGGGAAUUGGAAAACUACUGAGAAUCUACGACAUGGGAAAAAAGAAGCUGCUCCGCAAGUGCGAAAACAAGCACGUGCCCACCCUGGUCACUGGCAUCCACACCAUAGGCCAGCGCGUCAUCGUGACCGACGUCCAGGAGAGUCUGUUCUGGAUCCGUUACCGGCGCAACGAGAACCAGCUCAUCAUCUUUGCGGAUGACACGUAUCCUCGCUGGGUGACGACCGCCUGCCUCCUCGACUACGACACCAUGGCGUCUGCUGACAAGUUUGGCAACAUUAGCAUUGUGCGUCUUCCCCCCAACACCAGCGAUGAUGUGGAUGAAGAUCCCACCGGCAACAAAGCUUUAUGGGACAGAGGCCUCCUGAAUGGAGCAUCACAGAAGGCUGAGGUGAUAGUGAACUAUCACGUUGGUGAGACGGUGCUGUCUCUCCAGAAAACCACUCUGAUUCCCGGAGGCUCAGAGUCCCUGGUCUACACCACACUGUCUGGAGGCAUUGGCAUUUUAGUUCCAUUCACAUCACACGAGGAUCACGACUUUUUCCAGCAUUUAGAGAUGCACAUGCGCUCGGAGUUCCCUCCACUGUGUGGCAGAGACCACCUCAGCUUCAGAUCCUAUUACUUCCCAGUCAAGAAUGUGAUAGAUGGAGAUCUGUGCGAGCAGUUCAACAGCAUGGACCCUCACAAGCAGAAGAGCUUGGCAGAAGAGCUGGACAGGACGCCACCCGAGGUCUCCAAGAAGCUAGAGGACAUUCGCACUCGCUACGCCUUCUAAAUGUGGCCUCAGGCCGAAGGCACAGACAAACUCUCCCCCCUUCCUUUAAAAAAAUAAAAUUACUUAAUUACUGUGUUUUUUACACCUCCAUGCGGCCGCUGUCAACAGCAGCAGCUCAGAGAAGAUCUUUUUUUAACAAUUCGUUAAGAUUUCGUCACAGCUGUGCUAACAGACGUGCGACACAGCUGUGGACGGCACACGCGGCUGUGCCCACAGAACUCGCACACUUGAAUAAUCCAUCUGCCAUCACCUCACCUGCAAGCAAGUGCAUUUUAUUUAAAGGUAAAAGUGUGAUUGCAUAAUCUUUGAUUUCAUCAAAAAUGUGUUUUUUGUAUGUUGUGAUAUUUUUUUUUUUUUAAAGUGUAUUGAUUAGAAUGAGUUGUCGUGAUGUCAUGACCACAGUCACAAGAGGGUAUAGCAAGUCUCAUUUUUUUAUUUUACUGUUCCUCGGCUUGUGUCGAGGAACAGUAAAAAGCUUGUUGGGCACACGGGGGAACCGUAAAGGCGGCCGACCUCUGAGUGAGUCCAGUCCUCGGGGCCACAGAUGCAGUGUCGCUGCACUGUGGCAUUAAGACGACUGCUGAACUCAGACUAAAAUAAGUGGGUGGAAGAAGACUAAAGCGUUGAACUGGGUGUUGUUCCUCAGUCCUGAAAAUUCCCAACCUCAGCCACAGACAUAGCAUUCCUCAGUAGUCACUGGAUGGUAGGAGUUUGUGGGGCCGGGGCAGUGGUCUGUUUUGUAAAUAAAGAUGUUUUUUUUUUUUGUACUUUACAA